UAGCCUCCGAGGGGUAACACUUGUUCGAUUUGUGUAUUACAGUAGUUUCUUGAUAGCCACCUCUACGUACGGACGCGUUCGGGGCACAAAACAAACGGACAGACAAACGGACGGACAAACGAUCGAUCUAUAGAUCGUUCGAUGUGUGGCUAUACCAUCAAAUAUUUACCAAGCGAAACGAAACAAAUUCAAAAUAAACAAUAACAGCAAACUCUAAAUAGAAUGAAAACGUUCCAACAACAUACUUACAAAUAAGUGUAUAUAUAUAUAUAUAUAUAUAUAUAGACGACCGAUCGUGCAAAAAUUGUAAAGUCUUAGAGCUAAGGCCAAUCGAAUUUCACAUGGCAUUAGGUAACUAGAGCCGAGAGUCGCCUACAAAGGCGACUGCUACUUAAUCAAAACUAGCCAUAUCAGCACUAUUCUCACAAUAUAUAUAUAAACAUACAUAUAUAUAUAUGUACAUAUGUGUGUGUGUGUGUGUAUGUGAAGUACUUUCAAUACGAUAUCAAACAUACCAUCAUUUGCCAUUCACCACUGGCUGCGGUUAGUUCAAAUCGGGGAGCCGGCCUAUAAACAAAUUGUCUAUUUGCUACCUAAUAAAUGAUAUCAAAUAAAUCAAUUGAGUCUAUGCCAAUCAAAUGGAGCAACAGAGUGAUAAAUCUUGAUCGUCAAUGAAUCUUCAAUGUCGAUCAGAUUGAAAAGAAAAGAUAUAUACAUACGUGAACUAUGUGUUUACAAAUUUACAAAUUUGUGUUUUAUGGGAAUUUCGAUUAAAAAUUUGCCAAAGUUUCUUUGUUUUUUUUAUGGUGCCGUUUAUCAUAAUCAAUUUUUAAGUGCUUAAAACGUAAUCAAUUAUAUUUUCAAACAAAAAUUUAUGACUAAUGCUGUAUGGAUACUUAAAUUAAAUAGUUAAAACAUUCUUUGACAAACUUUUCAUUGAACAAUGCCCUGAUGUUUGCAAACAAUUGGAUAUGAAAUGGGCUUACUGAAGAUAAUGAGCUUAUGGCUAAUUGGCCCAUUGAUAUGUGGCCUAUGUUUAGCUGAUGGUUACUUUGUCGAUUAUACAGAAAACACGGAGCUGAUACAGCAACGCGCUGGCUAUGAUGUCAAAUUGCAAUGUGAUCUCCGGGGUCUGGUUGAUGAACGCAAAUUGGCUGACAUUAAGAUACAUUGGUACUUUAAGCAAUGCAGCGACAACAAUUGCUACCAGUUGGAAACCGCCGAAGACUGGACAGCACUGCCCUGUCAACCGAGUCUGUGUCGUCCGGAAUUAUGGUUACGCAAUGUCACGGAACGUUACUCUGGUCUCUAUAAGUGCACCAUUAAUCCGCAUAUAUGGGAUGCUGGACAGGCGGUGGAUGUGCAAUUGGUGCGCACCUAUCAAUUGGAUGUGAAAAAUAGUUCUUUGGCUGCUCCAGAGUUUCUGGAUUCAUAUCCUAGCAAUAAGACAGCUCGGGAGGACAGUCGAGUGGUGUUCCAGUGUCGUGUACAUAGUGAAGAGCAUCCUACAAUUAAAUGGUUUCGUCGUCGUUCAUAUGUGGGAUCGGUGCCCAUUGCUGAUACCCAAACGACAUCCAAUUUCAGUGCUCGGAUUGUUCGUUACAAUGGAAGGACAUACGAGUUGUUGUUCACAGCGCCAGAGAAAUUAAUCAGUCCACAGAUCUAUCUAAGUAAACUCAUUCUCAAUGGCAUACGGCCAAGAGAUGCUGGCUUCUAUGCCUGUGUGGCCAUCAGUUAUCGUGGCCAUAAGAUUCGAGAGGCCUAUUUGGAUGUACUCGAAGAUGUCUAUUGGAGCAAUUACGAUGACAACGAGGAGGUUGUGGGCGGCACAAGUGAUCCUCGUGAAUUUUAUUUACUAUUCCUUAUGCCUCUGGGUCUGGCCCUAUUGCCCAUCAGUGUCUGGUGUGGUUAUCUGAUAUAUAAACGCUGCUCUCGACACGGUGAAUGCCAGCGCAUGGAUCAACAAUACUCGGAUGAAGAUUUGGAACGCUGUGUCCUUGGUGGCAAUUGUUGAGAUCAUUCAGGCGAAACUAGUAUACAUUUACGCUUAUUAUGUUUUAGUAUUUGAAGAAGACUGUAGCCUAGAACUAGGAAACUGUAUAUACAUAUGUACUUAAUUAAAUCCUAUAUAGUAUAUGAAAGAAAA